AUGACUGUGACCCAUUCGAAGGCAGGUGCGCCUUCGACGUCCGGGCCGGUAGUUAGACUGCUUCGCUUGGUCGUGACGUUUGACAAUGCACGUACACUCGCGCUCAUUGCCGUGGUAUGGCACUAUUCGUUCCGAUGGGGCCGAACGAUCAAAGCCGACGGCGUGGUGGGUGUGCUCCGUCGUUUCCGUACGACCUUGCUGCGUCAACUCUUCCGAAUUAUGAUGCUCAUUCCAUCGAAUCGCCGGCGUGUUGAGCGUGAGAUGAGCAUGGCUGUGAAUGACGUGGCCAAGUCGCUUAUGCCGCCUACGACCGUGGCGACUGUUCGUGAGAUGCCGGCCCAUGGCCACGACCUUCCAUGGGUCACGCAGCAGCUGGAGAAUCUAAUGCUGCUAGGUGGUCAUGGCGAGAGCGAUGGUCGCCAUGUGUACCUGGAUGGACAUGUCUCAGGUGCGGUCUACCACGGUGGCGAAGCGCUGAACCGUGUGAUGGUGGAGACGAUCGAGCGGUUCUUGCUGACGAAUCCACUGCACCCUGAAGUGUUUCCGGGCCUGCGCAAGAUGGAGUCGGAAGUGGUAUCGAUGGUGCUCCGUAUGUACCAUGCGCCUGAAGGCGCGGCAGGCACGACGACGUCGGGUGGUACCGAGUCGAUUAUGAUGGCGUGCCUGGCUAUGCGGGAGUGGGGUCGUCAUGAGCGCGGCAUUACGCAGCCAGAGAUUGUGGUGCCUGUGAGUGCGCAUGUGGCCUUUGACAAGGCGGGCCACUACUUUGGUAUGACGGUACGACGCAUUCCUGUGGACAAAAAGACACGCAAAGUGCGUUUGGAUUUGGUCCAGCGAGCUAUCAAUGCGAACACGGUGCUGCUCGUGGGCAGUGCGCCGAACUUCCCUGAUGGUAUCAUUGAUGAUAUGGUCUCGAUUGGUGCGUUGGCCAAGCGCUAUGGGAUCGGUUGCCACGUUGAUGCGUGUCUUGGUUCGUUCCUUGUGCCGUUCCUCGAGCCGGCUGGGUUCCUGGCCGAGCCCUUUGACUUCCGUGUGGAGGGUGUGACGUCGAUUUCGUGCGAUACGCACAAGUAUGGCUUUGCCCCGAAAGGUUCGUCGAUCGUCAUGUACCGCACGGAAAAGCUGCGUCGGUUCCAGUACUUUGUGUCGGCAGACUGGGUGGGUGGCGUGUACGCCUCCCCGACCCUGGCUGGCUCGCGUCCAGGCGCAUUGAUUGCCGGUGCAUGGGCCGUCAUGAUGACCAUGGGUUACGAUGGCUACCUGCAGAGCUGUCGCGAGAUUGUCGGCGCGGCCCAAACGAUUGCACGUCGUGUGCGUGAAGAGAUUCCCGAGCUCUACGUGCUGGGCCAGCCGCUGGUGAGUGUCGUGGCCAUCGGCAGUGCCGGCAAAUUGAAUAUAUACGAUGUGGGCGACCAAAUGUCACGUCGUGGUUGGCACUUGAAUGCGAUUAGCGGCGACGCACCAGCCUUCCACAUUGCAUGCACACGUCUCACUGUGCCUGUCGUCGAUCGCUUCAUUGCCGACCUGAAAGAGAGUGUGCAGCACUCCCACUCGCGCCCCAGCAAGGCUGGCACCAUGGCUACGGUAUACGGUCUGCACACCACAACGCCGGUAGCGCCGAUCCUGCUCAAUGAAAUGGCUGCGCGCUUCAUUGAUACCAUGUACAAACUCGCGCCGUAA